AUGGGAUGCUGCGCCACGGUCCGCAGGGCCAUCACAGGCCGUAUCCCCGACAGCCUGAGAAACUGUGUCAACAAGGAGUUCUUUGUCACCACAGCGCCCUGGGCAGUAAUUGACCAGCAAGUACAUCCUGAGCUCAACGGAGCCCCCUACAGGUACCCGCCCGGCCUGGUGGGCGUGGCUCCGGGAGGGAUCCCCGGGACGAUGGAAGGUAUGGUGCCGGGAGGACUGCCCAUCGCCCAUACCCUGCCCUCUGGCACACACCCGUCCCAGGCUCCAUCGCCCAACCAGCCCUCUAAACACAGCGACACCAGAGAGCACCUAACCGAGCAAUAGCACUAAACCAGGGGCCGUUCCCACAGCAAGGCGGGACCAGAGACAGUGAAAUCUCCUGCUGAGAGACACUGCACGUUCCACAGAUUUCUACUAUUUCAUAUCGGUUCCUUUUCGAUAUAUAUAUAUUUUUUUGCCCUCGCCCCGAGGGUACUGCAUUUGGUUCCGUAUGUCUGUAUGUAUGUCCGUCUGUCUCCAUCUGGAUCCAUCAAAGGGACGCAGUAACAUGGUUUCACCACAAGAGGUCAUGUCAAUGGUACAAGGGUCAUAAGUAUAUACUUGUUCUUUUAAGAUGCAUUAUUAUUUUUAUUUUUUAUUACUUUUUUGGGGAAAUGCCUGUCAAUACCAUGCAGUUGGGGCAGGCUGCUAUAUGAGCCAUGCUCCACCUUCUCCCCACCUUGUAGGAGUGAGUGUGUGUUUCCUUAUGUACCAACCAGAGAGCUCUGCAGAACAAGAAAAUCACCUGUUACUGACUUUGCCCCACCUCUACAAUCUUAAGCCCCGCCCCUAACUUGGAGCCCCUGACCCUCUCAUCAUGUUUUAUUUUUUCCAGUAAAUGUGUCUUUCACAUCUGUUAUUCCGCUUUUUAUCCCAAAAACAACUAUUUGUAUUUUGUUUUUCAAUGUGAAAAAUAUGAAAAAAAAGUUAUAAAAAAUAUAUUUAUCAGACAACAGGAGAAGGAAGUAAAGGGGCAAUCUAUGGCAUGAACUUUGACCCUUUCCUUGUCCAUGGAGCUCAGUGUGUAGUUCUAUGAAUGUACAUUCAUCACAGCAGGUGGGGUUAAGGGUGGAGAUUUCCCAUCCCCCAAGACAGAAUGAUUUAUUUUCAUCAGAUUCCUCCACCCACAAAUGUCUAACUCUGAUAUCUCAAAUAUCCUAUAAUGUCAAGAGGUGUGUGCUCUCUGAAUAUUGACAGAUUUCUGUGGUCAGUGUUUGGUAUUCUCAUGCAUUCAGUGUUUAGGUUUGUACAGAAAUUGAUGUACCAAGUGACUGUUGGAAUUAUUUCAGUUUUUGGAAGUAUCAGCCUUUUUAAAGGUGCUUUCACUAAAUUUCCAAAUAUCUGAAUUUAAUAUUUUUUGGAUGGCCCCAGUUUCUUUUUAAGAUACAUGUGGGCAUGACUCUUUCUUCAGAGACUGAGAGUCACAGAGGUUUUUAAAUGGUUCUUCACUGAAAAUACCAUUACAACUGUCUGGGCAGGAAAGGGUUAAAUUAAAGUUCAUUUCUAAACUGACUCAGGAAAACACAUUUUGCAGAUUUGUUUUUUUUUUUUUUGCUUCAAAAUAUUGUCUGAGAAAGAAAAGGAAAAAAAAAGUUUGGAUAUUUUCUCUUCUACCACAUCCUGUUCCUCCAUUGUGGUAUUUUUAUAAAAAAUAAACAUCCUAUGUUUCUGGUGUUUAAAGUUUUGCAGUUCUGCUAGAUUUGUAUUGCUUAAACUGUUCUUAUAACAUUGUCUCAUGUGAACCACCCCUUUUUUGUUGUUGUUCUAAAUGAAAGCCCAUUGGAGCUCUUGGAGGGCGCUGUGUACUCUCUGAGCAAUAGCAUAAUACUUCUAGUGUCCCAACAAUAGUGCGAGGAGACCGUCGGCAGUAUGUUUGGUUUUUAGUGUGAGUAUUUGUAUUUGUUUCUUGUACAAGGUGAACAUUUAGCAUUCAGUGCAGUUCAAAUAAAAAUACACUUCUUAAAUUGUA